AUGUCGAACGCACGAUCAGAUCCAAUAAUUGAUGAUCUUAUGGAAACAGACAUUGAAGUACCUAAAGACACAAAUGUUGAAAAGUCCUAUGAAAUAAAUUUGAGACAACCUGUGAGAAAUGAGUCUAAGCGAUCUAAACAAUCUAAUACGUUAAAUUUAGAUCCUUCCAAUUCUAAUUCUAGUUGUGAUUUACAUAUGGAGACCUUAUCUCAAAAUUUAGCACACUCGUUCACGACAAUGUUAGGUACUUUGCAUGGAAUGUCUUUAGAAGAUGUCAAUAGAAUGAUGGAUUUGGAGAAAAACAUGAUGAUUGAAUUGCAAAAUGCAAUCAUGGCAGUAUCCAAGGUUUUUAAAAAUUCUAAUAGAGAAAUGUUAACGAAUCUUCAAGAGAAUGAUAUGUCUGUUAAUGAAGACAUAUUAUUGAAUAAUCCUUUGAUCACCUCAAAUGAUAAAGGAGUUCCAGUGAUUCCUCCAGGGGUUGAGAACGGUUCUAUGAGUACUUCAAUUGAUAAAGAAAUUCCAGUGAUUCCUCGGGGGGUUGAGAAAAAUUCCAUGAGUAUUUCAAUUGAUAAGGAAAUCUCAGUGAAACCCGGGGGAGCUGUGAAAAGUUCUAUAAAUUCAUCAAUUGAUGAAGAAGUCUCAUUGAAUCCUGGAGGUGUUGUGAAUACUUUAAUUAAUGAAAAUACUUCAGUAAAUCUUCAAGGGGAACAAACGAACUCCACAUUGAUGGAUCCUUUUAUUUAUAAUGACGAGCGAAUGAAUCUUUUGAAGGAGGAACAGAAAGGUUCCGUGGAUAUUUCAAAUAUCCAACAAGAUAAUAAAAGAUCCAUGACUAAGGAAGGAUCUGAAAACUCUACAAUAUCCUCUGAAUCCACCGCAACGUCGACAUCAAAAUCAAGUAGAAAUCAAAUUGGGGAUAAUUGGGAAAUACCUAUUAUAGUGCUGGAUAAUGACCAUAAUUAUGAAACUGAAAUCAUUGAAAUCGAUUCUGACGAUGAAGAGAUUCUUAUAUAUAGAGAUAUGAUGUCUUUGGAAGACAUCGAUUGUAUAGAAAUUGGUAAAGAUGAAUUUGAAAUAGUUGUCAAUGCAAAAAGAGGUAUAAACAAUUGCUCUGAUGAUUAUGAAACAGAUGGUGAAAGAUUUAUUCCAGUUGCUCCUAAUAAUGAGAAAAGUCAAAAAAGGCGUAAAUAUUCUAAACUUAUUCAAUCUAAACAUAAAGCUUGCGUUUCCGAUGAAGAGAAUAACCCAUCAAAAUGGAGAACUGAUCUUCCGGCACUUCCUUAUAUUUCAAAUGCUGUUUUACGUUUAUGGUCAACAGGAUUUUUGAAACACCGAAAUCAAUGGGAAAGGCUUGAAUAUCUUGGUGAUAAGGUUCUCAUGUUUUGUGUUUUGAGAUUUGCCACCGCUAAAUAUCUUCAACGUUAUUCUCCUUCAGAGAUCAGAAUAGUUACUAGUUUUUUGGUCUCAAACAAAUUGCUCGCUGCAUAUUCUUUAACUCUUGGACUUGAUACAAAAAAUAAAAUGGAACAACUUGGAAUUACUAAGAAGGUAGCAGAUGCGUUUGAAGCUUACAUUGGAGCAUAUUACUUAUCUGAAGGAGAAGAAGCGACAACGACUUAUUUAGAACAGUUAAUGAAUCCACUAUUUGCACUUGUAUUAACAAGUAUGAAUGGUAAUCGUAAUGUUAAAAAAAUGAUGAAAGUUAUAGCAGAUUAUUUCAACAUGGGAUUUUUAUUAACUGUGCCAAAAUUAAAGUAA